AUGUCAGAAGCGACCGAAUCGCCUGGCCUCGGGCCAACGGCAAUCGAGGGCCCAACUAUCCCUCGAGAUGAGGGUCCCGAUGCGACCUACAAAGCCAAAGCCGAGGUUCUCAACCACGCGAUUCAGACGAUCGGCAUGGGCCGAUACCAAUGGCAGCUCUUCGUGGUGAUCGGAUUCGGCUGGGCAAGCGACAACCUAUGGCCGAUUGUUACCUCCCUGAUCCUCCCUGUAGUGGCAAACGAGUUCCAUCCCUCGAAAGCGCCGUUGUUAACGCUUGCGCAAAACAUCGGGUUGCUCGUCGGUGCUGUGUUUUGGGGAUUUGGAUGCGAUGUAUUCGGUCGCAGAUGGGCAUUCAACUUGACGAUCGGAAUCACGGCGGUGUUUGGCCUGAUCGCAGCGGGAUCGCCCAAUUUCGCAGCCAUUUGUACUUUUGCGGCUUUGUGGUCUGUCGGCGUCGGUGGCAAUCUCCCUGUUGACUCGGCCAUCUUUCUUGAGUUCUUACCUGGAUCGCAUCAGUACCUGUUGACUAUCUUGUCGAUUGACUGGGCUUUCGCGCAGGUGGUCGCCACUUUGAUCGGUUGGCCGCUGCUUGGGUAUAGGACUUGUGGUUCAGCAGAAGGAUGUACGAAAGCUGAUAACAUGGGAUGGCGAUGGUUCAUGAUCGCGAUGGGUGGCAUCGCGAUGAUCAUGUUCGUCGGUCGGUUUGUGUUUUUCACGAUUUUCGAGUCGCCCAAGUACCUUAUGGGGAAGGGGAGGAACGAGCAGGCUGUGGAGGUCGUUCACGAAGUUGCCAGAAGGAAUGGAAAGACUUCUGAUUUGAUAAAAACUGAGCUUGACGACUUGGACCAGGGCGAGAUACAACAUUUCAGCGCGGCAAACAUCGUCCGCCAACGCCUGGAAACAGUACGAUUUGAUCAUGUCCGCGCUCUUUUCGAUACCCCCAAGCGAGCAUGGGCUACAACCUUGAUCAUCCUCGUCUGGGCAUUCAUUGGUCUAGGCUUCCCACUAUACAAUGCAUUCCUCCCAUACAUCCAGCAGUCCCGAGGCGCUGAAUUCGGCGAUGGAUCGACAUAUAUCACGUAUCGCAACUCGUUGAUUAUUGCUGUGAUGGGCAUCCCAGGCUGUCUACUCGGUGGAGUACUGGUCGAACUACCAGGAUUUGGCCGCAAGGGUGCUCUCAGCAGUUCUACAGCUAUAACUGGAGCCUUCCUCCUUGCGUCAACAACAGCUACCACCUCAAAUGCUCUGCUGGGUUGGAACUGCGCCUUCAGUUUCAUGAGCAGUCUCAUGUACGCUGUGUUAUACGCCUAUACUCCCGAGAUCUUCCUCACCAAGGAUCGUGGUACGGGCAACGCAUUAACUGCGUCCGCGAACCGAAUCUUUGGCAUCAUGGCUCCUAUCAUUGCCAUGUUCGCUGAUCUCACGACCGCUGCUCCUGUUUAUGUUAGCGGGGCACUGUUCAUCGCGGCCGGCAUUCUUGUGUUGUUCAUGCCAUAUGAGUCUCGCGGAAAGGCGAGUCUGUAA